ACGUGACUCUCCUCUGCCCUGGAGAAGCGCGGCAGCUCUCGGUUUGCGUGGUUUCCAUGAUGUUGAGCGGCUGAGUUGCAGUCUUCAAUGUGGAUCACUACAUGGCGGUAAUGCGAAACACUGCGAUCAGAGUAAUAUUGUAAGUGCUUUUCCAGCAAGUCUCCACGAGCUUCUUGAUCUGGUUGACGUAAGAAAGCAUAGCCUCAUUGUGAGGCAAAGGUUUAAAGAUGGAGAAUGGACAAGGCACAGGUGGAAAGCUUGGACUGCCGCCUCUUACACCAGAGCAGCAGGAGGCCCUACAAAAGGCUAAGAAGUAUGCCAUGGAACAGAGCAUUAAGAGUGUUUUAGUGAAACAGACCAUCGCCCACCAGCAGCAGCAGCUCACAAACCUACAGAUGGCAGCAGUGACAAUGGGCUUUGGAGAUCCUCUCUCAUCUUUACAAUCGGUGGCGGCACAGAGGCAGCGAGCUCUGGCCAUCAUGUGUCGCGUGUAUGUGGGCUCCAUUUAUUAUGAGCUGGGGGAGGACACCAUCCGGCAGGCCUUUGCCCCCUUUGGACCUAUAAAAAGUAUUGAUAUGUCUUGGGACUCUGUCACCAUGAAACACAAGGGCUUUGCCUUUGUGGAAUAUGAGGUUCCUGAAGCAGCUCAGCUGGCCCUGGAGCAGAUGAACUCUGUCAUGCUUGGUGGAAGAAACAUUAAGGUGGGGCGGCCAAGUAACAUCGGACAGGCGCAGCCCAUCAUCGACCAACUGGCUGAGGAGGCACGUGCCUUCAACCGAAUAUAUGUAGCCUCAAUCCACCCAGAUCUAUCCGACGAUGACAUCAAGAGCGUCUUUGAGGCGUUUGGAAAAAUUAAAAGUUGUAUGCUGGCACGGGAACCCACCACGGGAAAGCACAAGGGCUUUGGAUUUAUUGAAUAUGACAAGCCUCAGUCAUCGCUGGAUGCCGUAUCAUCUAUGAACCUGUUUGAUCUCGGUGGUCAGUACCUAAGAGUGGGGAAGGCCGUCACCCCUCCCAUGCCUCUGUUGACACCCACGACUCCUGGAGGUUUGCCCCCUGCUGCUGCCGUGGCUGCUGCUGCUGCGACCGCCAAGAUCACCGCUCAGGUGCUUAUAAAUGAGGCUGUUGCUGGAGCGACAGUGCUGGGCUCUCUCGCCUCACCGGCGCACAUUCUCAGUCAGCAAUUGGGGCUACCGCAAGCCGUACUAGCUGCCCAAGCCCCUGGCAUCAUUACAGGUGUUACACCUGCUCGCCCCACUCUCCCUGUAGUCCCCCAGGUGGGUUUGGUCAACCCAGUAUUAGCAUCCCCACCAGUCAUAACAUCUGCUUCCGUGGGCACACCAACAUCUACGGUGCAAACACAUACAGAAGUGAAGCAAGAAGAAGACAUUCGGCUCACUAAAGAAGAUCAGGAUCGACCGGUGGGAAAUGGGCAGGACAGCGAACUGGAGCAGCUAAGCAUCAGUCCAAAUGGAGGAAAACAAACAGUCGUGCAGUCAAAGUCAACAGUUAUGGUGUUACGCAACAUGGUUGGCCCAGAGGACAUUGACGAUGACCUGGAAGGCGAAGUAAUGGAGGAAUGUGGAAAGUAUGGCGCUGUAAAUAGGGUUAUCAUAUAUCAGGAGAGACAGGGUGAAAAUGAUGAUGCUGAGAUUAUCGUUAAGAUCUUUGUGGAGUUCUCAGAUGCUGAUGAAAUGAACAAAGCCAUCCAGGCCCUCAACAACCGCUGGUUUGCUGGUCGCAAGGUUGUAGCUGAAUUGUACGAUCAAGAGCGCUUUAAUAAUAGCGACCUCUCUGCAUAAGACUGUCCCAUGAUGGCCACUGGUCUCUCAGCUCUCAAACUCGCUCAGCUUCCAUCACUGCUGCUAGAGAUUUGCGCCUCUUUGAAACCUGUAAUUAUUUUUUUAUCGAUGUUGAUAGUAAUAAUAUUAUUGGAAAAAUCCCAAUGCAGGGAUUUAGCUUAGGACAAAAAAAAUAUGCUCCUCGCGCAUUUACGUUGUCACCUACUGUGAAAUACUUGCGUUUUUUAACUGUCAUUAUUAUUUGCAGAGGUUUUUUUUGUAAUUUUGAUGCAAUUUUCCCCAUUCCCAUCCCCACUUUUUUACAAAUGGCAACUUUUUCUCCACUGACAUUGUAUUGAAAUUCUAAACAUUGUGUUGGUGACAUUGGUUCUGGCUUUACCAAAACAAUAAAUUUCUCUGAUAUGCA